AUGUCCGAAGAACGCGUCUCUCCGCAUGGAAAGAUCCAUCGUCCGCGGGGUUUCCUGCCUGUGGGCAAUGAAGACGGAGCAAGUCCCAUGGCUACGCAUGGCCAAGGCACUCUUGCCAGCUUGAUAAAGUCGCGCUCGAAUCAAUCUCUGCCGGCCAUGCUGCGCAAGCCAGCUUCGCUUCGAGCCAGAGAUCCGGCCGAUGAGGAGGAAGCGGGCGAAACGCUCUCGCGGGAACUCGACGAUAGCGAUGAUUUCAUGAGCACCGACGAGCGACGAUUGAGUCUCAUCCUCAACGGCCCCCAGAUGCGCUCGCAGCGGCUGAUCGGCAAUUCCAACCCAAGAUACAGAUGGGAGAGGUAUUGGAGAACGGAAGAAGAAUUGAAGGGAAUGAGCAAACCAAUACGCGGGUAUUAUGAGCGUACCAACAGCCUCUUGCAGCAAUACAUCUACAUUGACCGGUUACUGGACUCGUCGCUCCCUCACGAUCUGCUGAAUGAAUAUAAUAAUACGCCGGGCACUGGUCACCAAACAUCGUUGCGCGACGUUGAAGUCCCUGCCACCAUUUCGGAGGAACCCUCGAUACCUGCGUCGCCUGAAGAUGACGAUGUCGCCGUAAAUGGAACAUUGUCGAGGAAGGUCAAAAGAACGCCCAGGGAGCUGUACAAAGUUCCUAGCGAGGUGACGCCUCUGCUUGGACGACGACAUGACGAAGAAGAGGAUGACUGGGACGGACCGAGACCAGAGAUUCCCGGGAUGGAAGACGAUAGUGUCGAGAGUGGUGACAGAGUUGUUCAGAUGGCUAUCUAUAUCAACCUAGUAGCUAACGCAGUCCUUCUCGUUGGAAAGAUUGCAGUCAUAGUGCUCACCAACUCUCUCUCGGUGCUCGCGUCGCUCGUUGACGCUGCUCUUGACUUUCUGAGUACCGCGAUCGUAUGGACGACUACGAGGAUGAUUGAGUCCUUAGACCAUUAUCAGUAUCCAAUUGGCCGAAGACGCUUGGAGCCGAUUGGUGUGCUGGUAUUCUCCAUCAUCAUGAUCACUUCCUUCUUUCAAGUAGCACUUGAAUGUAUCAGCACGCUUAACUCUGGAGACCACUCCAUCAUCGAACUUACCUUUCCGGCGAUCGUAAUUAUGUCUAGCACAGUCAUCGUCAAAUUCUUCUGCUGGCUGUAUUGUCGGUUGAUCAAGAACUCAAGCGUACAGGCUCUUGCCCAGGACGCCAUGACAGACAUCAUCUUCAACAUUUUCAUUGGUUUUUACGCGAAGCUUUGGUGGAUGGAUGCCCUAGGAGGUCUUGCUCUUUCUCUUUACGUCAUCUUCAACUGGGCAGGAACUUCCGCGGGCCAUAUUCGCAAUCUGUCGGGAGGAGCAGCAACAGCCGACGAGCGUAACGUGCUUCUCUACCUCACAAUGCGUUUCGCGAAGACUAUCAGGCAGAUCCAAGGCCUUCAAGCAUACCAUGCCGGAGACAAGCUCAAUGUUGAGGUUGAUAUUGUCCUCGACGAGAACAUGAGUUUGAGAGACAGUCAUGAUUUGGGAGAGUCGUUACAGUAUGUUCUGGAAUCAGUCCCAACUGUUGAUCGAGCUUUUGUACAUCAAGAUUAUGCGUCCUGGAACUUGCCUACGCACAUGCAACAACAGGCAGAGUAA